GUCUGAUCCGGUGAGACUUGUCGGAUAGGAGCUGGUAACAUCGUGUGGUACAUGCGACCGGCGCAGUCUCUUCGCAGACUUCGGCCGAAACGCACCGGGCGCGCUCUCCCGCCGCCGCCAUCGCCGCCGCCGCCGUCGUCACCUUAACUGAACGACGUUCGAUCACAAACAUACCACAUAAACCUACUGUAUACCAAUUGUGCUGGAAGAUGGCUUACUGGUGGCUAUUGCAGUCGGCAAUGUGGUACACCGCUAUUAUGGUUCUGGCUAAUCCUCUGAUGCCCACUUUAAUCUUUGAGGUUUUGCCCAAGCUGCCAUUGCUCAUUAUUCGUCGUUUAGGUACCAUUCCUAUUGAAUCUAUUUAACGAAACUCAAAUCACCUGUUUGGAGUCCCGUCGAAAUCAUGAGUUCAACACAAAAAAACAGUGGCAGGAAGUUGACCCGACGGCCUUCUGACUAGUUUAUAUCUGUACGGACAGUGCCGUUGAAAACUACAGUCCAACCGAACAGUGUCCGAUCGACGUCCAACACAGCCCGAAUACAAUUAUGAAUUUUAAGGUGACCGAGUCGGCCGGGUCCCGCCACACCGCAGCCACCGUGGUCGGUUGGGGAAACGUACGGGCCGUGGUGUUCGUUGCAACAGUCAUGUUUGCGGCCCAGCUCGCGGCCGCGCAACAGGUGGCGUUGAAGGCGGGCCGCUUGCCGCGCGUCUACAACGCCCUGAUCACCACCGAUCAGCGUCUGUUGCCCAGCCAAGCGGAACCGAUCGUCACGCCCGUGUUCCGACCGCUCCAGUUCCUCUACCAAUGGCCCGAAGUGAGGUACGCGGCCGCCCCGUCGUACCCGUCGUCGCGGUCGGAUGCGGAGGCGUCUGGUACCGACGACGGAUCGUCCGGACACGAAGUGUCACGGCCCGUCGCUGCAGCGGUCUUCGAGAACAACAGGCCCGCGGACUCUACGGUCGUCAAGAACAACAGGCCCGUGGACGCUACGGUCGUCAAGAACAACAGGCCGGCAGACUCUUCGGUACCGGACGUACCGCCGCCGCCACUUCCGGUAACGCGUGGCCAGAACGGCGCCGUCAAGAAGAGACCGGAAGAGUAUCCGCCCGCGCCCGGCGGUUUCGCCAUUUGAACACCCAAGCUCCACUUCUACUCGCCCCAAUCAACCACCACCGCAAAGGGUUUAAGUCGACGAGACGAGACGCAGCCCCGUAUUGCCCGUCACACGGUCUUCUACCACCGCUGCACGGCCAUGUGAUAAAAUAUUAUAAUAUGUAACCUAUCAUUGCGUUAGGUUUUCCGUCCGGUUCGGUAGAAUAUUGUCAUUAUACCACAUCGUACGUCCGGGGUUGUUAUGGCUCGCACUUUUCUAUAUCUCACCUCUCGAACUUCUAGAAAUUUUAAUCGUUUUCGGGCGUCGACAAUUUUUACGAACUCGCGUUCACUAUUUAUAAAAUUAUAAUAAUGUGUACAUAAUAUAAUAGUACCUAUACGCGUAUGACUUUAAUCGACAGUUUUUAACGCAUAAUAUAAUAUUAUUCUUAAAAAAAAAAAAAUAUUAUUUUUGUUUUCACUUGUGAAUUAUCAUAUACGUAGUCGGAGAAUUUAAUCAAAAUUAUUUUAGUCAUUUUUAUCUGAUCUGAAUGUUAUUUUUUUUGACCGGUUUCGUACACUAUGAAAUCCUUUUAUUUAGAUUUAAGUAACUACCUACUGUAUCCGUGCAAACCACGGUAUUGUGUAAAAAUAUACAUUAAAAUAAAAAAUAUUUAAACAUUUUAAA